AUGCCGAGCAGCUCGGACACGGCGCUGGGGGGCGGCGGCGGCGGCGGCGGCGGCCUGAGCUGGGCCGAGAAGAAGCUGGAGGAGCGCCGCAAGCGCCGCCGCUUCCUGUCGCCGCAGCAGCCGCCGCUGCUCCUGCCGCUCCUGCAGCCGCAGCUCCUGCCGCACCCGCACGCGCACCCGCCGCACCCGCACCCGCCGCACCCGCCGCCGCAGCCCCCGCCGCCGCCGCCGCCGCCGCCGCUGCUCUUCCUCGCGGCCCCCGCGGCCGCCGCGGGGCAAGAGGCGGCCCGGGGGGCGGCAGAAGCGGCGCCGCGGGGGCCCGUGCCGGGGCCGGCGCCGGCGCCGGGGCCGGGGCCGAGGCGGACAAGCAGAAGCGCGGCCGCGGCUUCGCGCCGCCCCCGCCCCCGGCCCCGGCCCCGCCGCCGCCGCCGUCGCCGCAGCAGCAGGACGGCGGCGUUGGCGUUGGCGCUGGCGGCGCUGCGAGCGGAGGCGCCGGGGCGGGGCGGCGGCGGGGGCGGCGGGGGCGCAGGAGCCGCCGGCGGCGGGACCCCGGCGCAGGGCGCGGCCGACCCGCCGCCCUACGAGCCGGACGGCGGCGCCCAGGCCGGCCCCGAGCCGCUGCCGCUGCCGCCGGCGGGCGCGGGUGCGAGCGCGACCGGGGCCCACGUCUCCGCCGCCGCCGCCCCCGCCCGCUCCCCGCCCGGCGGCAGCCCGGCCUCGUCGUCCGGCGCACGGCGCCGCUCCCGCUCCGGGGACGCCUCGGACCGCCGGCCCCGCCGCGAGCGCCGCAGCAGCAGCGGCCGCAGCAAGGAGCGGCACCGCGAGCACCGGCGGCGGGACGGGCCGCGCGGCGGCGGCGGCGGCAGCGGCGGCAACAGCGCCGAGGCCCGCGCGCGCCGCGACGAGCGCUCCGACGCGCCCAAGGGCGGCGGCGGCGGCGGCCGCAGGAAAAGCGCCUCGGCGGCCGCGUCCCGCAGCAGCAGCAGCAGCAGCCGCAAGGAGCGCGAGCUCAAGCCGCACCGCAGCCGGGCCAAGGGCGCCGCCGCCAAGGAGCCGCCGUCGGCCUACAAGGAGCCGCCCAAGGCCUACCGCGACGACAAGCGCGACGACAAGGCCGAGCCCAAGGCCUACCGCCGCCGCCCGCCGCGCCGCUCGCUCAGCCCGCUGGGCGCCCGCGACCGCGACCGCGACGACAGCCCGCACCGCGCCUCGCUGGGCGGCCUGCGGGGCCGCGGCUGCAAGUCGCCCAGCCCGGCCGGCGGAGGCGCCGGAGGCGGCGGCGGCAGCCCCUACUCGCGGCGGCCCGCGCGCUCGCCCAGCCCCUACGGCCGCCGCCGCAGCAGCAGCCGCCGCCGCUCGCCCAGCUACAGCCGCCACAGCUCGUACGAGCGCGGCGGGGGCGGCGGCGGCGGCGGAGACGUGUCCCCCGGCCCCUACGGCGGCAGCUGGCGCCGCUCCCGCAGCCCCUACAGCCCCGUGCUCAGGCGGUCUGCCAAAUCUCGAAGCAGAAGCCCUUACUCAUCUAGACAUUCAAGAUCUCGUAGCAGACAUAGGUUGUCUAGAUCCAGAAGUCGUCAUUCUAGCAUUUCUCCUAGCACACUGACACUGAAGAGUAGCCUUGCAGCUGAAUUGAACAAGAAUAAAAAAGCUCGAGCCGCAGAAGCAGCAAGAGCCGCGGAGGCUGCAGCCAAAGCUGCAGAAGCAGCUAAGGCAACUGAGGCUGCAGCCAAAGCUGCCAAAGCCUCUAAUGCUUCCACGCCUACCAAGGGGAACACAGACUUGGGUGCCGGUGCAUCACAAACCAACCAUGUGAAAGAUGUGAAAAAACUUAAAACUGAGCACGUACCUUCUCCGCCCUGUGGUGGAACUUUAAAAAAUGACAAGGCGAAAACAAAGCCACCUCUUCAGGUAACAAAGAUGGACAAUAAUAUGAUUGUAGAUAAAGCCGCCAAAAAAGCAGUCUUAGUUGGGAAGGAGAGUAAGUCUGCUGCUACAAAGGAGGAACCAGUAUCUGUUAAAGAGAAAACAAAACCACUUACACCAAGCAUAGGAGCCAAGGAAAAGGAGCAACAUGUGGCAUUAGUGACCUCUACGUUACCGCCUUUACCUUUACCUCCUAUGCUGCCUGAAGAUAAAGAUACUGAUAGCUUGCGAGGAAAUAUUUCUGUAAAAGCUGUUAAAAAAGAAGUAGAAAAGAAACUCCGAACUCUACUUGCUGAUUUACCACUGCCGCCUGAGCUACCAGGAGGAGAUGACCUCUCAAAGAGUCCCGAGGAAAAGAAAACAGCAACACAGUUCCAUAGUAAAAGGAGGCCUAAAAUAUGUGGGCCUCGCUAUGGUGAAAUCAAAGAAAAAGAUAUUGACUGGGGAAAACGCUGCGUGGAUAAAUUUGAUAUCAUCGGAAUUAUUGGCGAAGGUACCUAUGGACAAGUUUACAAGGCCAGGGAUAAAGACACUGGAGAAAUGGUAGCCUUAAAAAAAGUACGUCUAGAUAAUGAAAAGGAAGGUUUUCCAAUUACAGCAAUUCGAGAAAUUAAAAUUCUGCGGCAGCUUACCCACCAGAGUAUUAUCAAUAUGAAGGAAAUAGUGACUGAUAAAGAAGAUGCUUUGGAUUUUAAGAAGGAUAAAGGUGCAUUUUAUCUGGUUUUUGAAUAUAUGGACCAUGAUCUGAUGGGACUUCUGGAAUCAGGCUUGGUUCAUUUUAAUGAAAAUCAUAUAAAGUCCUUUAUGAGACAGCUCAUGGAAGGUUUGGAUUAUUGUCAUAAGAAGAACUUUUUGCAUAGAGAUAUUAAAUGUUCAAAUAUUCUUCUAAAUAAUAGAGGGCAGAUAAAACUUGCUGAUUUUGGACUUGCUCGAUUAUAUAGCUCAGAAGAAAGUCGGCCCUAUACUAACAAGGUCAUCACCUUAUGGUACCGUCCCCCUGAACUGCUAUUGGGAGAAGAACGAUAUACACCAGCUAUUGAUGUAUGGAGCUGUGGAUGUAUACUUGGUGAACUCUUCACUAAAAAACCUAUAUUUCAAGCAAAUCAGGAACUUGCACAACUAGAAUUAAUAAGCCGUAUAUGUGGGAGUCCGUGUCCUGCAGUGUGGCCGGAUGUAAUCAAACUACCAUAUUUCAACACCAUGAAACCAAAGAAGCAGUAUCGGCGAAAGUUAAGAGAAGAAUUUGUUUUUAUUCCUGCGGCUGCACUAGAUUUAUUUGAUUACAUGCUCGCCUUGGAUCCUAGUAAGCGCUGUACUGCAGAACAGGCUCUUCAGUGUGAGUUCCUACGAGAUGUGGAACCCUCAAAAAUGCCUCCACCAGAGAGGUUUUUACACGCUGAGGCAAUGCACCAUAGUAAGAUGGCUGAGAGCCUUCCUUUAUGGCAAGAUUGUCAUGAAUUGUGGAGUAAAAAACGAAGAAGACAGAAACAGAUGGGCAUGACGGACGAUGUUUCCACAAUUAAAGCUCCCAGAAAGGAAUUGUCUCUGGGCUUGGAUGACAGCAGGACCAACACACCUCAGGGCGUGCUACAGUCUUCACAGCUGAAAUCUCAGGGAAAUGCCAACAUAGUACCUGGUGAAAAACAGACAGAUUCUUCAACACCACAACAGGAGUCUUCGAAACCCUUGGGUGGAAUUCAGCCGUCUCAGAGCAUGCAGCCGAAAGUGGAAACUGAUGCUGCCCAGGCAGCUGUACAGAGUGCAUUUGCGGUUCUGUUGACUCAGUUAAUAAAGGCUCAGCAGUCAAAGCAGAAAGAUGCACUGCUAGAGGAGAGGGAAAAUGGAUCAGGGCAUGAAGCCUCAUUACAACUCCGGCCUCCUCCAGAACCUAGCACUCCAGUAUCGGGGCAAGAGGAACUAGUCCAACACCAAGAUAUGAGGAUUUUGGACCUCACACCAGAGCCAGAGCGGCCUCGCAUUCUGCCUCCUGAUCAGCGACCUCCUGAACCCCCAGAACCACCACCGGUCACUGAAGAAGAUCUCGAUUAUCGGACAGAAAACCAGCAUGUACCCACCACUAGUUCUUCGUUAACAGACCCUCAUGCCGGAGUUAAAGCUGCCUUGUUACAGUUACUUGCUCAGCAUCAGCCCCAGGAUGAGCCCAAAAGAGAGGGGGGUGUUGAUUACCAAGCAGGAGACAAUUAUGUACCAACUUCAGAUUACAAGGACAAUUUUGGAUCUUCUUCUUUCUCAUCUGCUCCUUACGUUAGCAAUGAUGGUUUAGGAGGCAGCUCUGCUCCACCAUUGGAACGACGUAGCUUCAUUGGAAACUCUGAUAUUCAGUCUUUGGAGAACUACAGUACUACUUCAUCUCAUUCUGGUGGUCCACCUCAGCCUUCUGCCUUUCCUGAGUCAUUUCCCAAUUCAGUAGCUGCAUAUGGAGACAUUUACCUCAAUACGGCUCCCAUGUUAUUUAGUGGAGACAAGGAUCAUAGAUUUGAAUAUAGCCAUGGCCCCAUUGCAGUCCUGGCAAAUAGUAGUGACCCAUCUGCUGGGCCAGAGAGUACUCAUCCUUUGCCAGCCAAGAUACACAACUAUAAUUAUGGUGGUAAUUUACAGGAAGCCCCAGGUGGCCCUGGCCUCAUGCAUGGACAAACCUGGACUUCUCCUGCCCAAGGACCUGGAUAUUCACAAGGAUACAGGGGACACAUUAGCACAUCAGCUGGCAGAGGUCGAGGUAGAGGGUUACCAUACUGAGUAUCUAUUUCCUCAGGCACAUCGUUUUUAUCUGGAAAGACUUUUCUAGCUGCAAUUUAAGGCAGUGAUCCAAGAGACUUGAAUAAUAUUAAUUCAACAACAGUUUUAUUUUUAUGUGGAAAGGGUCUUGCAUACAAUAGUCUUAAAAAAAGACAAAAAAAAGUUUGCUUAAAUUCAUGCUGUUCUAAAAACUAGAUCUAUUGAUUGUACAUCUUCACAAAUUCUAGUUAACCAUUUUAUUUUGUAUUCUUGCAGUUUUAAGUGGAUGCUAAUCAUAGGGACAUAAAAGUCUUAUGACCCUCUUGCAGAUAUUCUGAACUAUGCACAUUUGUGCUUUUUUUGUAAGUUUGGACCAACUUUUAUGUAACAACCAACCCCUUCCUCCUCCCAGUUUUACAGCAAUCAGAAAGGGCACUGAUUUAUUUGGUAUUUUUCUUUUUACAAAGCUACCUUUAGUCAAAGGUCACUGUCUUUGCACCUGCUUUCAGUGUUAUUGUGAAAGGUGUACUUUGUGCUCAUUUCAGAAAAUAAAACACGACCUUUCUCUUGA